AAUCAAAGUAGUUAAAACAGGAAACAUUGUUUUCAUACUCAGUUGUAACUAAACUUUCACGGUGUUCAUAAUACAAAAAAUGCAUCACGUAUCUUUUUGGUAUUUCAGGCUGUUGGUUAUAGCUGCAACCGUUACAUAUGUUCUGGCCGUUACGUGUUACAACUGCGUUGGAGAUGGGUGUGGGGAUCCAUUUGACGAAAGCCAAGCUGUACAACAAUCCUGUAACGGAACUUGUCUGAAGGGUAUUGAAAACGAUAAUGUACAGAGACAUUGUAUGGAAAGUUUUGGUGUCCCACUUGACGACAAGUGUAUAAAUGUAGAAGGCACAGAAACAUGUUUCUGCUCCACGGAUUUAUGUAACGGAUCCGACAAAAGAAACAUUUCACUAAUUAGUGUUAUAAUGUCUUUCCUCGCAUUUGUUUUGUUGAAGUAAUGAACGAUGAUAAAAAGUUUACUUCCCACAAAAUCCAACGAUAAAGGUGUAUAUUACUUUUAUAUAAUCUAUAAAUAGCUUCGAAAUGCCUUUCCCUGAUAGGCUUACAAGCAAGUUUUUGUAAAAAUAACAGGUCAAUAUUAAAGUAUAUUUACCGUUUUUUUCUUCUAAAAAUAGAUUUGUUUGGAAAGCCCACAAAAGACGCGUGCUUUGACGUGACGUCACGCCAAGUUUGUUUCUAUUAUUCUGGAAAAAAAAACACACACAAAAAAAUCAAACAACAACAACAAACGUUGGGCAACUUGCAAAACAUAUCAAUUUAGUCUAUUUUAGGUACAUUGAACCGUCUUUACAUUAUUAAAUGAAUUAUUA